AUGUGUGACAGUGUGACCUUCCAACGUUCAACAGUGAGGAUGGAGAACCCUCAUGCAGAGCGACAAGCAGUCCUUCUUGAGCGCAUCGUAAAGAACACCUCGAAGUGCACAGAGAUGAUUCUUGAGCUCAAUCAUUGUCUCGAGGAAAUUUUACGCGCAAAUGCAUCCGUCAAGACUGCGGCAGAUCUGGCUACCAAGUAUCGAAAGAAUGUUCAAUACAAUUUAGAAGCAACGAAAGGGAAUUGA